GCACCGAUGCUGCUCAGUUGAGCGCCGUGCCUGAUCGAAGAAGGUCGCGUUUUAACUGGUGUGUUCCGACUCGAUCCGACCACAGCCCUUCCCUUCCGGUUGCAGGACUGGUUCGCCCCUCAGCGCGCACAGUUUGUGCCGUGACCGUGAGCGUCCCGUUGUGCGUGUGUGUGUGCGGUGUGUCGCGGCUUUCGUGUGCGCGUGUACGGUGCGCACUGGCGUGAGUGUGUGCGUGCAGCAGCGCCCUGUGUCUGUGUGCUUAGGGUUUGUGUGCCGGAUAGCAGCCGGAGUGACCCACUGUUAGUGGGUGUGUGUGUGUGCUUUAGUGAGUGGGUGUGUGUGUGCGAUUUGCACACAUCUACACUUCCUUCGUGUGCGGGUCUGUGUGUGUGUGUGGCUGUUAGUGCCACCCACCCUCAGCAGAGCAGAGUCGUCUCCCUCCUGCGAUACUUGCGGGAGGUUGGAAAAGCCAAGCACCACAUCAGCGUUGCGGAAAAGUCUUUCAGCCGAAGUAUCCAAUAGUCAAGACGCAAAAUGCCGCCAAAAAAGAAAACUGAUUUAGAUGAUCUGAAGCAGGAGCUUGACAUCGAUUACCACAAGAUCACACCGGAGGAACUGUACCAGCGACUACAGACACAUCCGGAAAAUGGUCUGAGUCACGCAAAAGCCAAGGAGAAUUUGGAACGCGAUGGACCAAACGCCCUGACCCCACCCAAACAGACGCCCGAAUGGGUCAAGUUCUGUAAGAAUCUCUUCGGCGGUUUCGCUCUGCUCCUGUGGAUCGGUGCCAUCCUGUGUUUCAUCGCUUACUCGAUCCAGGCCAGUACCGUCGAGGAACCGGCCGACGAUAACCUGUAUCUCGGAAUCGUGCUGGCCGCUGUCGUGAUAGUUACCGGCAUCUUCUCAUACUACCAGGAAUCGAAAAGUUCGAAAAUCAUGGAAUCGUUCAAGAACAUGGUACCCCAGUUCGCUACCGUUCUGCGCGAGGGUGAGAAGCUGACGCUGCGCGCCGAAGAUCUGGUCAUCGGUGACGUCGUAGAGGUCAAGUUCGGCGACAGGAUACCGGCUGAUAUUCGCAUCAUCGAAGCGCGUAACUUCAAGGUGGACAACUCUUCCCUGACUGGUGAAUCCGAGCCGCAGUCCCGUGGACCCGAUUUCACCCAUGAAAACCCGCUGGAAACCAAGAAUUUGGCCUUCUUCUCGACCAACGCCGUGGAAGGAACUGCUAAGGGUGUUGUCAUCAGCUGCGGUGAUUUCACCGUCAUGGGACGUAUUGCUGGUUUGGCCUCGGGUCUGGACACUGGAGAGACUCCAAUCGCUAAGGAAAUUCACCAUUUCAUUCAUCUGAUCACGGGUGUCGCUGUGUUCCUCGGCGUGACCUUCUUCGUCAUCGCGUUCAUCCUCGGAUAUCACUGGCUGGAUGCUGUCAUCUUCCUGAUCGGUAUCAUUGUUGCCAACGUGCCGGAGGGUCUGCUGGCCACCGUCACCGUGUGUCUGACGCUCACUGCCAAACGUAUGGCCUCGAAGAACUGUCUGGUCAAGAAUCUGGAAGCCGUCGAGACGCUCGGCUCGACCUCCACCAUCUGCUCGGAUAAGACCGGUACGCUGACGCAGAACCGCAUGACUGUCGCGCAUAUGUGGUUCGACAACCAGAUCAUCGAAGCCGAUACCACUGAGGAUCAGAGCGGCGUGCAGUACGACCGCACCAGCCCCGGUUUCAAGGCUCUGUCGCGCAUCGCUUCGCUCUGCAACCGUGCCGAAUUCAAGGGCGGCCAGGAUGGCGUUCCAAUUCUGAAGAAGGAAGUUAGCGGCGAUGCCUCGGAAGCUGCUCUGCUCAAGUGUAUGGAACUGGCCCUCGGCGACGUGUUGAGCAUCCGCAAGCGCAACAAGAAGGUGUGCGAAAUUCCGUUCAACUCCACCAACAAGUACCAGGUGUCAAUCCACGAGACGGAGGAUCCCAGCGAUCCGCGCUACCUGCUGGUCAUGAAGGGUGCCCCGGAGCGUAUCUUGGAGCGCUGCUCGACCAUCUUCAUCAACGGCAAGGAGAAGCUGAUGGACGAAGAGAUGAAGGAAGCGUUCAACAAUGCCUACCUGGAGCUGGGCGGUCUCGGCGAGCGUGUGCUCGGAUUCUGCGACUUCAUGCUGCCUUCGGACAAGUACCCGGUCGGCUUCAAGUUCAACUCGGACGACGUGAACUUCCAGGUCGAUAAUCUGCGCUUCGUCGGUCUGAUGUCCAUGAUUGAUCCGCCUCGUGCCGCUGUCCCGGAUGCCGUGGCCAAGUGCCGUUCGGCCGGUAUCAAGGUUAUCAUGGUUACUGGUGAUCACCCGAUCACGGCCAAGGCUAUCGCCAAGUCGGUCGGUAUCAUCUCGGAGGGCAACGAAACCGUGGAGGACAUUGCCCAGCGUCUGAACAUCCCGGUAUCGGAAGUGAACCCGCGUGAGGCGAAGGCUGCCGUCGUGCACGGUUCGGAGCUGCGCGAUCUGUCGUCGGACCAGCUGGAUGAGAUUCUGCGCUACCAUACGGAAAUUGUGUUUGCUCGUACCUCCCCGCAGCAGAAGCUGAUCAUCGUGGAAGGUUGCCAGCGCAUGGGUGCCAUUGUGGCUGUAACUGGUGACGGUGUGAACGAUUCGCCCGCCUUGAAGAAGGCUGACAUUGGUGUUGCUAUGGGUAUUGCCGGUUCGGAUGUGUCGAAGCAGGCUGCUGACAUGAUUCUGCUCGAUGAUAACUUCGCUUCGAUUGUUACUGGUGUCGAGGAAGGUCGUCUGAUUUUCGAUAACUUGAAGAAAUCGAUCGCCUACACGCUGACAUCUAACAUUCCGGAAAUCUCGCCCUUCCUGGCAUUCAUCUUGUGCGACAUUCCGCUACCGCUCGGCACUGUCACUAUUCUGUGUAUCGAUUUGGGCACGGACAUGGUACCGGCCAUUUCGCUCGCCUACGAAGCACCGGAGAGUGACAUUAUGAAGCGCCGACCGAGAGAUCCUUACCGUGACAACUUGGUCAACCGCAGACUUAUCUCGAUGGCUUACGGUCAGAUCGGUAUGAUUCAGGCUGCGGCCGGUUUCUUCGUGUACUUCGUCAUCAUGGCUGAGAACGGAUUCCUGCCGCUGAAGCUGUUCGGUCUCCGCAAGAGCUGGGACUCGAAAGCCAUCAACGAUCUCACCGACUCGUACGGUCAGGAAUGGACCUACCGCGAUCGCAAGACCCUCGAGUUCACCUGCCACACCGCGUUCUUCGUGUCGAUCGUCGUCGUACAGUGGGCCGAUUUGAUCAUCUGUAAGACUCGCCGUAACUCGAUUUUCCACCAGGGCAUGAGAAACUGGGCCCUCAACUUCGGUCUCGUGUUCGAAACGGUACUGGCUGCCAUCCUGUCCUACACGCCGGGCAUGGACAAGGGUCUGCGCAUGUACCCACUGAAAUUCGUUUGGUGGCUACCAGCUUUACCGUUCAGCUUGUCCAUCUUCGUGUAUGACGAAAUUCGUCGCUUCUACUUGAGACGCAAUCCAGGCGGCUGGCUAGAGCAAGAAACGUACUAUUAGGUCAACAAAUUUAUAUUUAAAAAGAUUAAUUAAAACAAAACCAACAAAAACCAACUCCCCCGCCCCCUGCACACACACACACACAAACAAACACACAGACACGUACACAAUACACGCACACGGAAACACAUGCAUACUCUAUACAUAAACAACCAUACACACACAUACGCAUUAUGUGCAAUCCCAGAAAUACAAACCACACACACACACACACAAUAACACUCCACGAACCACCUGGAGCCUGGUCGGAUGAAGGGAGAAAGAUUGUGCGAACGCCGCCACUACAUAGAGAGAGAGCAUGAGCGAUUUAGUAACGAUGCAACAACUACAACAACACCAUCUCCACACACACACAAACACACACACAUUAUAAUAAAUCCAAUAUAAAGAAGAAAAAACCCCGACCGUGGGGGCCGAGUUUGCGAGCAAAAAACCAAGCUAGAAGCGCAAAGCAAAACAAAAAAAAACCCAGAUUAAAGCAUAAGCAUUAAUACGAAACGAAUAUAAGUAGUACGACGGUUAAGGUGAAGUUUUAGCACCGGACGAGCACGCGGUAGGGAAUAGCAAAAGGAAAAGAAAAAGUGGUAGGAGAACGCUAGCUAGCCCCCACUUUUCCCCCCACCCGCCCCAUAGUGUAACACGAGACACGAAGCAGACCAGUAAAACGGCAUUCCCGGUUCCGCCGGAACCGCGCCCGCUCCAAAUCCCACCUGCACAGGAGAGCGGUGGCGCGUGCGGCAAGCAGUGCGGAACGCUCUGGUGCCCACUGUGAGCGGAUGGAAUCGGAGUGGGUGGUGGUGGUGGUGGGUGGUGCGAAGUGGCCAGCCGGACAGACAGUCAGACAGACAGGCACAAAGUGCGCAAUGUAGGGUCGUCGUCGUCGUCCCCCGUAUAUGUGUACCGGCCCGAGAGCGCGCGCCCGAGUGUAAAACAUCAAAAAAACAUUAAAAAAACAAACAAACAACGGAGGCAUCCUUGCUUUGGCCACUGGCGCUUAAUAAACACUGUGUUUGCGGGACGGAAACACACCACCACGCACACGA